CCUACCACGUCAAUACAAAACACAUAUAUGUUAACAAAAGCUUUUCCUCUCUUUCAAAGCCUCUGUAGUUUGUUCCCUUCUUCUUCAACCACCAUGCUUCUCUUCUUUCUCAUCCUCUCUCUUUCCUUCCACCCACAGAGGGCGGUUUCCGCUCAUUGCACCACCACCACCGCCACAAAAACCUUCCAGAAAUGCAUGACACUGCCUAGCCAACAAGCCUCCAUUGCCUGGACUUUCCAUCCUCAUAAUGCCACCCUUGAUAUGGUCUUCUUUGGCACUUUCAUAUCGCCUUCCGGCUGGGUUGCUUGGGGCAUUAACCCUACCUCAGCUGAAAUGACCGGAACGCGUGCCCUAAUAGCCUUCCCGGACCCCAAUUCCGGCCAACUAGUCUUACUACCAUACAUUCUAGACCCCACUGUGAAGCUCCAAAGAAGUGCACUCCUUUCUCGCCCCCUCGACAUCCACCUGCUCUCUUCCUCCGCCACCCUAUAUGGUGGUCGGAUGGCCACCGUUCACAAUGGCGCCGCUAUCCAAAUCUAUGCCACCAUAAAACUUGUACCAAACAAGACCAAAAUCCACGUCGUGUGGAACCGUGGCCUAUAUGUCCAAGGUUACUCCCCGACCAUCCAUCCAACAACAAUCAACGAUCUUUCCUCUGCUGCCACCAUCAAUGUUCUCUCCGCUACAGCAUCUUCCGGACCGGACAACAUCAAAACCCUAAAAACCGCGCACGGUGUCAUCAACGCCAUCUCAUGGGGAAUUCUCCUCCCCAUUGGAGCUGCCACAGCGCGCUAUCUCCGGCACAUACAAUCACUAGGGCCUGCAUGGUUUUAUUCUCACGCAAUCACCCAACUUUUCGCCUUCUUCCUAGGAACAGUAGGGUUUGCCAUUGGUAUCCGCCUCGGGGAACUGUCACCGGGAAGGGUUUAUGGGCUGCAUCGAAAGCUCGGGUUCGCUGCAUUUUGCUUGGGGAGUCUUCAGACUUUGGCACUGUUGUUUAGGCCAAAAACUACAAACAAGUUCAGGAAGUAUUGGAAGUCAUACCACCAUUUUGUAGGGUAUGCUUGUGUGGUGCUAGGGGUUGUGAACUGUUUUCAAGGGUUUGAGGUGAUGGGAGAGGGCAGGUCCUAUGCGAAGUUGGGAUACUGUUUGGGACUGUCCACAUUGAUUGGUGUUUGUAUAGCAUUGGAAGUGAAUGCUUGGGUGAUAUUCUGCAGGAAAGCGAAGGAAGAGAAGUUGAGAAGAGAGGGCCUAAUUGGAGGGGCUGAUAAAGGAAGUGUAUCAAGUCAUAGUUGAAUCAAUUGCAAAGAAAUUAUGUGAUUGUAAUAUUGAAAUGGAUAUUCAUGCUUCCAUAUAAAUUUUGUGAGACCUGCUGAGUCAAUGCAAUUUGUAUACAUUUAUUAACUAAUGUGUCUGAGAUAUAUAUGUGUGUGUGUGUGUGUGUGUGUGUGUUAUAUACUCGAUCACGCCAGUACUCCAGGCUUUAGGUGGUGUUUGGGAAGACAAUUUUCCUUUUAUGUACUUGAUUUUAUAUUGGAAUUUGGAUUGCUGCUUAAUGAGUUCAAUAUGGAUCAUAUU